CCUAGCUAGCUAGCUAGCUAACAAAAGAAGUCAUGUCAGCAGUAGAUCUUUAUAAACGUAUAGAGCUAAGUAACUGUAUUUACAACACACUUUAAUAUCAACUAGUUGAUAGCAGCAAGGAACGGUUUUGUUGGACGGUUGCAACUUAUCUUCCAAACUAUUCGUUUGUUGCCAUUUCAAAGGGCUAAAGAUUGUCGGAGAGAUUGCUAGCUCGCAAGCUAACCAGGGUUGUUUUAGCUUCGUGAAUUAACCCAGCUAGGGGUGCUCAUGCAUACAGGAUUACCAAAUUGACAACACAACCAAAUAACUUGGUUAUUUAUAUUUCCAGAGGAUUGGAGUAAGAUGUGGUUUAUUUAAACAAUAUCUUGUUGGUCCACAAAGUGGCUCAUUAAAUAUUACUUUAGGUGAAGUUUCCUAGGCUGAUCUAUUUAUCGUUUGCAUCAGCAAACGUUAACUUACCCAUUGGAAAGUUGCUCGGUGGUUAGCUUGGCAACCAAUCUGUAUGCUUAAAGUCAGGAUUUCGAAAUUUAUUUCAGCUAUUUAUGCUACUUUGAACAUUCAUCAUGGAUAAGAAGUCAUUUGACAUCGUUUUGGACGAAAUAAGAAAGUGUGUUUUGACAGAUCAAAGAGUAAAAGCAAUCGAACAGGUGCAUGGCUACUUCUCCAGUGAACAGGUGAUUGAUAUUCUGAAGUACUUCUCAUGGGCAGAACCACAGAUCAAAGCUGUGAAGGCUUUGCAGCACAAAAUGGUUGCCAUCCCAACCACCAAAGUGGCCAACAUACUGAACUGUUUCACGUUUACCAAGGACAAGCUUGUUGUUUUGGAACUGAUUGCAUUGAAUAUCUGCGAUGCUCAGAAUUAUCGCCCAGUGGAGGAUAUCUUCCGCACUUACCUGAAUGAGAAAAAGCGUGCACGAAGAAUCCUUGAGCAGGUUUGUAAGGUUGGCUGUAAGGCUCCUGUGGCCAUGAUAUCCUCCUGUGGGGUGAUUCCAGGAAACCCCUACCCAAAGGGUCGGCCCAGCCAAGUGACUGGCAGCUUCCCGAAAGCACCUUUGCCUCAGCCUCAGUCUCAGUCUCAGGCCAAUAAUGGCACUACAGUCAAGAAGGAGAAAGAGGAGAAUACUAAUACUGAGGUGAAGGGGAUUGCAGGAAGGAUCCUUGGACCCUUCAAACCGUCUCCGUCCACAUACAACCCCCACCGGCCAGUGCCCUACCCCAUCCCACCCUGCAGGGUGCACGCUACCAUUGCUCCAAGUGCGUACAACAACGCAGGGCUAAUGUCAGUGGGCGGGGUCAUCACUGCCAGCGUGCCCCCCCCACCAUACAGUGCCACGCUCGCCUCCCCAGGUUACUCUCGCCCAGGCUCCACCAGCGUCAGCACCACGGCCACCAUCUCCCCGCACACGUGUUCGGCCCCCUCUACGCCCGUCUCCUCCCAGCCCUCGACCACCCCGGCCCCCACCACCCCCAUCACGCCCGUCUUCCCCGGCAUGGUGCCGUCCCAGAACCCCGUGGCCCAGUCGCCCAGCCCCGCGCCCUCUCCCUCGGUCAUCAAGGGCCCGCCGGGGACCCCCAUGUCCCCGCACCUGCCCUCCGGCCUCGGCGGGCAGCACCCCGGCUCGGGCUCCUUCCCUGGCAUGCCCCCGUCGGCGGGCACCGCCGGCUCGGUCAUCAGGUCCCACACGCCCACCACGCCCUGCGGGACGCCGGGGCCUUCCGGAAGCUUCUCGCCGUCGCCGUUCCCUUCCAGGACGUCCCGUGCGGGGACCCCAUCCGGCGGGCCCCCGACCCCUACCUCCAGAGGCUCGGCCGGCGACCUCUCUUCGGCACUGACCGGCAAGUCUUACCUGUCGCCCACUGACCCCCAGCUGGGCAUGCCUUUCACCACCACUGCCGCGGGCGCCCCUUCACACUCGGUCAUCCGCAGCUACACCCCCACGGGAGGCCUUUCUGCCCACGCCUCCGACCGCUCCAUCCCUCACGGAGCCCACGGUGUCCCUCACGCCCCCAGCCCCAAGCCCUCUCCCGCCCAGCAGGCGUUCUUCGGCAGCGACCCGCAUCUGGGCGUGAUGCCCCAGGCGCGCGGGCACGGCGGCAACAGCGGCGGCAGCAGCCCGGUGCCCUCCGCCUUCAAGGGCCCGUCGCGCGCGGGCACGCCCUCGCUCAGCUCGCUGGCCAUGCCCAACUCGGCCGCCCUGGCGCGCUCGCUGGGGCUGACCGGCCACCCGCACCCGCACUCGGCCGGCUCCCCGCAGGGCUCCAUGGCCGGCCCCGCCGCCGUGCUCUCGGGCCUGCAGGGCAUGACCCAGCAGCCGGGCGCCAGCCCCGGUCCGUCGCCCUUCCCCGUCCUCUCCUCCUUCCCCCCCUCGCUCUCCUCCGCCUCCCCCUUCCCCUCCGUGGCCUCCUCCAUGCAGUCCUCCAUGGCGUCCGUGGGCCCCCCUUCCUCCGUCUACGCGCAGGCCGGCUCCCCGUUUGGCCUGGGCCUCACCACCGCCCCCUCCAUAUUCUCCGGGCUGCCCCCGGGCCACAGUCCCCAGGCCUUCUCAGGGUUCGGGCCCUCGGGCCCCUCGGGGGUGGGGAGUCCCGUGCUCUCUUCGCUGAUGGGGCUCCAAGGGGCCCCGUCGUCGGUGGCGAGCGUGGCCCCGUUACAGGCGGCGGCGGCAGCAGCUGCGGCGGCCGCUGGGGUCCCCAGCACGUCACCGGUGCUACCGGGCUUCGCCUCAGCGUUCAGCUCCAACUACAAUCCAGCACUGGUGGGCCAACCUGGCCUGACCAGUGGUCUUCAGGCGGCCGGAGGCGGCUCCUUCCCCGGGCUGCUGUCCUUCCCUGGCAUGACUGGCUUCUCCUCCAGCCCCUCUCCCGCUACCCUCUCCGGACUCCACAACCAAGCCAUGCAGUCAGCACUGCUGCAGGCCCACUCUGCGUCCCCACUGGAUAGCUACCAGCCCCAGCCCAACGGCUUCGCCAACUACGCCCCCGGCCCGGGCACCCCCUUUCCCCUGCAGCCCGGACUGCACCCCCAGCUGGGAUGGCAGUGAUGCCCCCCACCACCACGCGUCUGUCCUCUCCAGAUGACCACCUCCGGUAUCCUCCUCUCAGUGCUAGUGACCGUUGAGGAAGCGCUAUCUGUAGUCGUUAGACCACUCCAGUCAAAUGUCCAUUUUAUCUCAAGCCAUGACGCUGCUCAAGCUGCUUAAAGCAUCAGCAGUAUGUGUGAUGCGAGGUUGUGAAUAAGUAUCGGAGGAGAUGUAAGACUGGGCUGGACUCCUGUCCAGAGACGUGAUGAUGUUGCAUGAUGUUGAUCAAAAUUUAUUUGGGCCGGGUUUCCCAGAUUCGUUAAGAAGCUCUUAAGUGCUAAGAACUUCUUAGGAGCGUUCUUAGAACGUUAUUAGAGCGCUCUUAAGAAGUGCUUAGCACUUAAGAGCCUCUUAACGGAUCUGGGAAACGCGGCCUUGGUUUUUAAACUAUGCCUGAUGUAUUGCUUAAUAAUAUGACGGUGUUAUGGACAUGACAUCGAAUGGACAUUUGUACGAGUCUGACCGGUGGUGUCAGGGAGGUGGUCUGUACAUGUGAGACGAUGAAGAUGAGAUGACGAGAUGAAGGCUGCAUUUCUAAAGUCUGCAUCUGAGCCACUGACUGGACGCAAUGUCGUGUCAUUCUGUUAGCUGUUUAUCUUUCACUGGUCUCCCAGGCUGUGCUGACCACACUCUUUGGAGGGACACCAAGCGAAACUGAUCAGUGACAUGAAAUGUUUACACAUUCUGUGUGUGUGUGUGUGUGUGUGUGUGUGUGUGUGUGUGUGUGUGUGUGUCUGUCUAUGUGUGUAUGCGUGUGUUUGUGAAGCAAGCUCUUGUCUUAGCCAGCACUAGUAUACAAUGGUUGUAGUAUAGUGUACACAAGAUAAUGAAAUGAUAUUGGAAGGCAACUGAAAUUUAACAAAAUCCAGCUUUUAUCUACAGUAUUUAACAAUUGGGUACUGUUCCUUUUGCAAAUCCUUAUAGCCUUGUAUUGUAUGCUGUGUUUUAGCUGUGUUCAAAAAUCGUAUAAUCCCACGUUCACAACCUGUUUCGAGCGUAUGAUAAUCUGAGGCUCAAAUUGAUGUUGAUUCAUUUCUAAGUUGAUGACUAAUUUGGUAUUGAUUUUGAGGAGUGAGUGAAAGACAUUUUUUUAGACAUCCCCAGCAUACAGCAUGUCAUUGUGUAGUGUGGAGAUCUGCACCUACAGUACUCUCUGGCUUUUAUUUUGACACACCUCAAUUGAAAAAGUGCUGCAGCCGUUCCAUGAUACUUGACGAAAUGCUGCUGUACAUAACAUAGCGAUAAGGUUGUGUGCUGUGGAAAAGAAGAAAUUAUGAGUUGUACAAUGGACAUUUCUGUUAUUAUAAACUGUUAUUUUACUGCUGUUAGCAUGUCUUACUGCAAUGGACAUGCUUCUUACUUCUAACUUACUGUACACUGAAGCUUGUUUUUAAGUAUGUAUGGGCAUUUCCAUUCAUCAUGUUUUGAAGCUCAAAUGAAUUAUCCUGGGGGAUAGUUUGGUAGUGUUUUGCUAUAGUUUGAUCUGAACAAUCUUUUUUCUUUUUUUUUUUACUUCACUCUUUUCUUUUUAUUGUCAUGGGGACAUCUUUCUAUGUUGCUCAGUAACUCCAACUGAGUUAAUUAUUUUGUCUUGUUUUUUACCGGUUAAAACAUGUUUUGUUUUGUUUUUCUGUUUCUCUGUUUUAGGGGCAUGUGGCCAUGCUUAAUUGGUUACCCACUCUUGGCAAAGGCCUUGGUCAGUCUUGUGUUAAUUGGGUUUAACAAAGCUCACAUCUUGAGGCAACUUAGUAGGGAUGUAAAGGUACACAUAUUUGUACUGAACUGUAGGUACAGGAUAUUAGGUUCAAUACUGAUGUGUACUGAAUGUACUGAAUGCACUCCUCAACAGUAAUCAGCAUUACCGUCAUUUCCCAACUAUUAGCCGCGGCUUAUACGUUGAUUUUGCAAAAUUUCUUCAUUGAUGAGAUUAAUAGGGCAGUUAAUGUGAUACUAAUAUGGUUUUGUUUCUUUUAACUUGCAUAAAACACUGUCCUGCGGCAUAUACACAAUGCAGCUAAUACACAGGAAAUUACUGUAGUAGUUUUUUUGUGUGUGGACCAUGUUUCGAAUUUGAGUUCCCAAAUAAACAGUCAGCUGUCAGUUUAGUCGAUUAACGUCAGAAAACACUUGACACCUUUUCAAAAUACUACUACUGUUACGCAUCAGCAAUUUUAUCAGUGAAUUUUGUGCUAGCAGAACCUACAGGCUUACCAUUCCUAAAUGAACCAAACCGUGACUUCAAAACCGAGGUAGACACCGAACCGUGAUGUUUGGUGUACCGUUACACUCCUACAACUUUGCCAGAGCGCUUUACCAAACGGAAUACCUGUCAAGUUUGCCUAGAACUAGACAUUUGAAUGAGAUAUUCAAUUUGCAGAAAGCCACAUUUUCACGAACGCAGAUAAUUAUGUAAACUAGUUGGAAGAGAUGCUUUAAUGACAUGGAUCCCUUGCUACUGCCACUCAGCAGAGCACAGUCAGGCAUAGCAGGCGUAGAGUCUUUAGUGGAAGUGGCAAUAAAGUCAUUAUUUAACAACCAAUCUCAGUAUUUCCACCAUGCCGUCAGCUGUGUUGCUUUUCCGUGAAAUUAGAGCCUGAUUCAUCUUUGGAUGUCCAUUCUUUUUACAGUCAUUACACUUAUCCAACUUUUAAACCACUGUCAUUCACUGUACAUUUAUCUUCAGAUGUGCAUGCUGUAACGUACAUCUGAUCUCACGAGACCAAGGCAUUUGCCAAGGGUGUCAUCACCUGAGUGGCAUAUGGGAGGGAUUGGUGUGGGUGAUGUGUUCCUGAGAUACCAAGUGAGCCGUGUGUGCUGCCCAGAGGGAUGACUGUUGUCUAGGCUUAUAGACUAUGUACUGUAGCAAUACUGUCCAAUAUUAAAAAAGGGUUUCA